CUCAAUUAUUGUGCGACAGUAAGGUUUUAGAAAAAUGCGACGCCUUGUAGUACUGAUCUUGUGUUGGAUGUCCUGGAAAAAUGUAUUCGCAUCACUGGCCCCACCCGAUACGUACGGCCUGAAAAGAAGAUUAGAUAGACUGGAAGAUAAGCAGUUUUCCGAUGGCGUUAAUACCGAUCGCAAGCUGCUGCUCUUGGUAUCAAAGAUGGGCUCAGCUUUUUAUGAACAAAUCGAAAAAGGUGAACAAAAAUUGGAACUAGAAGGCCAGCUUGCAACAUUAUCAUCCAAGUAUGACGACCUUUCUCAAAAGUACUCCAACAUUGAAAAACAGUUGAAAAUCAAAGAUCUUGAUUUACCUUGGAAUAGUUAUUCGCCGUAUGUCGAAACUCCGAGUUCACCGUAUGUCGAAAUUCCGCGAUACACAGAGUCAAUGAAAAGUCCGGGUAGUUAUGAAAUGUAUCAAUCUGAACCAAAACAGCAAAACCAAAACUAUACUGAAAACAACGAAAAACUUAAUUGGCAAGAUGCGAUUGCAGCAUUAUCAAUCAAGCAUGACGACCUUUCUAAAAAGCUCUCCAACAUUGAAAAACUGUUAAAUAACCAAAAUCUUAAUUCAGAAAUUCCAAGUUCAUCGUAUGUCGAAAUUCCUCUACCCAAAGAGCCAAGUAAAAAUGCGGCUAGUUUUGAUUUUUUUUUUGAACUAGAACGGAAAAUGGGUUUCGUCACGAUUCGUGAAAAACAAUACUAUAUUGAAACAAGAAAGGAAAGCUAA